AUGUCAGGCCUCAUGCGUCUGCUCGACCAGAAGCACAACCCACCCAAACCGGCAACAGAGUCGUUCGCUGGGAGGACUAUUCUCGUGACCGGGGCGACUGGCGGGCUGGGCCUCGAAGCUGCCAAGAAGCUCGCUGUGCUCAAUGUGUCGAAACUCAUCAUCACGGCGCGAUCGGAAGGAAAAGGCCAGGCCGCAAAGAAGGAAAUCGAAGCGUACCUGCAGGAUACCAAGGGCAAUGAUACCGCCAGCCGCCCCCCAGAGAUCAUUCCCAUGGUCCUCAACAUGAGCUCUUUCAACAAGGUGCAACAGUUUGUCACCGCCCUCAAGUCGCAAGUCCGAACGCUGGACGGCGCAAUCCUUAAUGCAGGCUCCUUGCAGGCAAAAUACGUGCAGACCGUCGACGGCUGGGAGGAAACUCUUCAAGUCAACGCCCUCAGUCAAAUUCUGCUUGGUGUACUGCUGCUGCCUCUCAUGAUGGCCGCAGCAGACCAAGGCAAGAAGGACUACACACCGCAUCUGACAUUCAUCUCUUCCGGUAUGGUGGCAGCGAUCACGCCAAAGCAGAUGAAGGCCUUUAUGGACAGCGAAACACCGCUUGCGGAUCUCAGUGCACAAAAGCACUUCCCGCCAGGGGCUUUCGGCGGAUCAACUCAGUACGAAAGAUCCAAGCUAAUUCUGGAGUACGCGAUGCGCCAUCUUGCCGCCAUGCCAGCGAUAAGAGGCCCUGACGGACAGCCAAAAGUCAUCAUCAAUACCGUUUGCCCUGGGAUGUGCAAAAGCGACCUUGGACGACAGAUGAUGACCAGCUUCGUGGUGAAGAUGCUCACAUGGUUUCUCUACACCGUCUUCGCCCGAACCGCUGAACAGGGAGCAAACAGUCAUGUGACCGCUUUGACGCAAGGUCCCGAAACACAUGGCCAAAUGUGGAAGGACGAUCGAGUAUAUGAGCCUGCUCCAAUGUGCACCACUAAGGAAGGCCGUGAGUUCGGCGACAGGGUGUGGACUGAGGUAUUGCAAGCGGUGAUCAAGGCGGAUUCUAGUGUCAAACAAAUCUUGGGUUGA